AUGAGCGAGUGGCCAUGCGACAAGGCCUUGAAGAACUCAUCUCCCAAUUCUGCUCUUCCUCCCACUUAUCCUUCUUCAUCGCACCCAAACGCAGCAAUGCUGAACCUAACAAAUUCCUUCCUCCAACGGCGAAUUCCCCCAGCCGUCGCGCCGGCGAAGAAGGAAUUCGGAGCGAGAAGUCACCGGCCGGUGGUCACCUGCCGGAAGAAGGAUCUCCACCCCCAAUUCUACGAGGACGCUAAAGUUUAUUGCAACGGGGAGCUGGUGAUGACGACGGGUGGGACCCAGAAAGAGUAUUCGGUGGAUGUGUGGUCGGGAAAUCACCCAUUCUAUUUGGGCAGCCGCUCCGCCCUGCUCAUCGACGCCGACCAGGUCGAGAAGUUCCGCAAGAAAUUCGGAGAGUUGUCGCAGUUGAUGGAGAUACCGGUGCUCAAAGGCGAAAUCAUUCUGCCCACUAAGCGCAAAUCCGGCGGCAAAGGGAAGAAGAAGUAGAAGAAUGAAUUUAGUUGCCGGAUUCUUCUGUUGUGCCUGGUAAUCAGUUAAAUCCAAAUGCAUAUUAAGAUUCUUGGUUCUUCUCUUGUAUUGCAUACUUGUGUAAUUUAGUGCAUUCGAAACCAAUUUGUCUGAAUCGAACAAUUCGUUUAUAUUUUUGAAUGCUCAAGGUUGAUAAAAAGUUUCGUGGGGUCU